GAUGUCCUUGAUCGCAUUGCCGAGAAAUCUGGCGCGAUUCCCGAAGAUGUUGGCCGAGAUGCUAAGGCUGUUGCCGUCUUGCAGAGGAAGCACGUUGCCUUCGAGUCAGAGCUGACACGACUUGGCCAGCAGGUAGAGGAGGUCGUCGAAUUCGCCACUACUCUUCUUCCAAGCUACGCUGGUGAUAAAGAGCGUAUCAUCUGUGAUCGCCGUGAUGAGGUUGUCCAGGCCUGGCGCCAGCUGCAAUACUCUGCUGAGCAGCGCAAGGUUCACCUCCUGGAUGCUAGCGAUACUGAGAUGAGCUCUAAGGAGAAGCCAAGGGAUAUUUCGGGUGUUGAGCUGCUUAUGAAUAAUCAUAGAAGUCUGGAAGCUGAAAUCGAUGCCCGCGAAGAAAACUUCAGCAUUUGUCUGAGCCUCGGUCGCACACUGUUGAACAGAAACCACCCACGCCAAGAAGAAAUCCGCGAGAAAUGCAUUCAGCUUGUCACGGAGCGUAUUCUAUUGUCUGAACAAUGGAGCGACAGAUGGGAGCACCUGAAACUCAUCCUCGAAGUUUACCAGUUCGCUCGGGAUGCUGCUGUUGCAGAGGCCUGGCUAAUCGCUCAAGAAUCCUUCGUCAAGAGCUCAGAUCUUGGUGAAUCUUUGGACGAAACCUUAGCCCUUUUGAAGAAGCAUCUGGCCUUCGAACGUGCUGCUGCUACCCAGGAGGAGCGUUUCUUGGCUCUCCAGAAAUUGACUCAUGUAAGCCGACUCGCUUUACUGCUUGAGUUGAAAGCAAGUGAGCGAACACCGGAAAGUGAAGCAGCCCGUCUUGAGCUCAGGAAGCAAAAGAUUGCUGAUGCUACCCGUGAAUUCCAACCGCCCAAACAACCGGUGCCCUUAACUCCUGCCCAAGCGGCUGUUGCUGCCGCAGGUGCACCAGGACGACCGGGCGUUGAAACUCCGACGAGCCGUAGUAUCCGCGAAAGCAUCGACUCUGGCCGUCCACCUCCUGGCAACCUUGAGGCUCAUCUUCAUCGGAAACAUGAAUGGGAGUCGGCCACCAAAAAGGCAUCAGCUCGGUCCUGGCACGAACUCUACUUCGUGCUUUCGGCCGCUGAUGGCACCCUGUCGGGCUACAAGGACCAA